AUGAGGGCGUGUCUACGAGUGCUACUGGUGUCUACUUUGGCGGUGUUUGCGCUGCAGCGGUGGUGCGGUGACCGGGCCGGUUUAGGUGGCCCAGGUGGCCCAGGUGGUGGUGCCCCCUGUGAGAGCGUUUGCGAUUACGUGCGGUUGGCUACGUGGGACGAGAGACUGCAGCAGUGGUCUCCGGAGGUUUACGGCGGGAGGGUCGCCCCUGCGGUUGCGGAGUGGUACCGUGGGUGGUACGUCCCCCGUAGGGGCAAGUACGUGGAGCCCGUGUGCAGCUACGUGCACGAGCAAUGGGAGCGGAGUGGUGUCGCUGCGCGGUACGAGGCCCUGAAAGAGAAAGUUCAGUUCUACUACGGGGCUGUUGUGCGUCCCCGGGUCGCCGCGUUCUGUCGCGAUUACGAGCUGGACCAGGCCUGGGAGGAACAGUCCACGGCGAUGGUGAUUUGGUUCAACGAGAUUCGUACGAAAUUGCACCGUGCUCCCAAGCUAGAGAAACUAACAACGAGCACUGUAUUUGAGAGCAGCAGCAGCAGCAGCGGGACCAGUGGUAGCGGCAGUGAUGUCUCGUUAGAUGCAGGGACUGAGACUCACACCAUACACAAAAAGGUUACUGUCCACGAAACUGCCACUGCGACUUCUCAAUCCUCCCUGCCUGACGAAUUGCAGAAGAGGGAGGCCUCCAGCCACCACGGCCAAGAGGACAUGAACGAUGAAGUUGUCCUGGACGAAAGGGAGCAACUGCAAGAGGAAAUCAACAGCUGGUCGCAGUCCAUUGCGAGCAAGAUCGACUCGAUCCAAAGAAUGUUUGGCAGAGAGGUUGCUCGGUUCUUGAAGAAGACCACACAGGACCGCGAGUUGCGCGUCAAGCCGGCGCUGCAGGACUACUCCCAGUCGAUGCAGCUGGCGUUCGCAGAGAUCAACAAGGCGAUCCAGGACAUCGAAUGCAAAGUCGAGGUCGACUCGCGGUCCAACGAGAAGAUUUAUUUCGACAAGACGGGGACCAGGCAACUGAACAAGUUUAUCUCCCGGGAGUCCGUGCGCGAGAUGUUCGACGAGGUGAAGGCCCUAGAUGCGAAUAUCACCUCGUUUGUCGAGUCGGAACUGAACGCCACCAUGCACGACGUCAACAAGACAGUGGAAAACAUGCGCGAGGACUAUAGCUACAUCUUCGAGGAGUGGUCCAACGUCAUGGUCAACGAGUGGACCAGAAGACUCGUGUACGCGGACAUUGUCGGUGUGUCCCUUGAGGACACAGACGCGGAGACGGACCCAGAAUUACUGGACGUAGAAACGCAGACGGAGAAGAACUGGAAGGGAUUCCUCGGGGUCAAACGGAGCGUAGUCGAAAAGCGCGACGAGCUGGUUAACCAUGCAGUGGAGAUGAAACCCGUACAGAGUUUUAUCAAAAAGGUGGAAAACACUUUGCAGUUGCUUCUAAGAGAGAACGGUGAGUACGCCUACAUCCUGAGAGCAAAGGCGAACUUGGCUUUCCAAGAACGUGAGAAGCAGGAAAGACUCGCUAAGGAGAAGGAACAGCAGGAGCAAGAACGGAAGCUCGAAGCGGAACGCGAACUGGAGAGGACGAGUGCCGAGACUGAAGUGGAGCCCGAGGCUGAGACCGAGGUACAACAGAACACGGCCCACGGUUCUACAACCGCCAAUUGA